GGACAGCCAAUCGGCGGCGCGGGGGCCCGCCGGCAGCGCUGGGUCGGAGCGCGCAGGCGCAGUGCGGGGGUGCUGCUGCCGUGGCUCCGCGCCCCUCACGGAGCUCCUCGAGUGGCCAUGGCGGGGUCGCGGGCGGCCGCCGUGGAAGCGCUGGUGCGGGAGUUGCUGAAGGAAGAGGCGCCGUCCCGCAUCGCCGCCCUCACGGAGGAGCUGUUCCAGGCGGCGGAGAGCAUCUCUGAAGAGGACGGGAAGGUGGCGGAGGGAGAGCCCCCCGCUCCCGGCCCGUCUGAAGAAACGGGGGGUGCAUGUGCUUCACACCCCACAGCCCUGGCCCAGGUCUGGGGCCACCGACAUCAGAAGGAUGUGGACCUGCUGGAGGGAGUCGUGAAGGUUGAAGAGAGUGCAGUCAGCUUGUGGAACUGGACUGUGACCAAACACACGGGUGCUGUUAUCAGUGAUGAGCAAAGAGCCAAACUGCGGUUUGUUGCCUGCAGACUGAUUUGCCUUUGUGAGGGCAGCGAUCCUCCGGAGGGGACUAUUCGAAGACAGAUUUUGAUGUCUAUGAAAACUGGGAAAGGAUGGAUAGAUAUUGGAAAAGCUGGUCUUGCAGAUGGAUUUCUAGAGAAUGCCAUGAGUAGUAUUGAAAAGCUGUAUGCGAAGUUACGGAAGGGGAGUGAGGGUGAAGCAGAUAUUGAAGCACACAGAGCUGAUGUCGAGAAAAGCCUUUUCAAAGUACUCUCUUACCAAGCUGAAUCAGCAGUUGCUCAAGGGGAUUUUCAGAAAGCGGUGAUGUGCGUGCAGCGCUGCAAAGAUAUGUUGAUGAAAUUGCCAAAAGAAACCUGUUACCUGUCAAUCCUCUGUUACAAUUUUGGAGUGGAAACCUAUGAGUGGAAGAGGUAUGAACAGAGCUCCUUCUGGCUCAGCCAGAGUUAUGACAUUGGGAAGAUGGACAUGAAAUAUUCUAUUGGCAAAGAAAUGCAGGCUAAAGUGCUGCGAUUGUUAGCCACAACCUAUUUUGAGUGGGAUUGCAGCCUGUACCUGGACAAGGCUUUGAAAGCCAUAAGCUUGGCAAAUCAGGAGAAUUUGCACCCAGCAGGUUUUUUUUUGAAAGUUAAAAUUCUUCUUAAAAGUGGAGCAUCAGAUGAAGAUAUCAGCUCAGCUCUUGCAGAAUUCACACACCUUGAGAUGUCUUUAGACUUCUGUUUGAAUACUGCCAAACUGCUGCUGGAGCAUGGAAGGGAAUCAGUUGGUUUUGAUUUUCUGAAAUCUGUUCCUGAACGAUUUGAAUCUUCACCUGACCUUGGAAAAAUUACCCUGCUCCACAUCGAGUUCCUGCUGCAGAAUAAGAGGGAGCUGCUCGCUAAGCAAAAGAUUGAAGAAGUUAUUAUAGGUCAUUAUACUGGCAAACAGCUGUUGCCUGAAGCCUUGAAUCAGCUCCACAUCAUCUUGUGGGACAGAGCUGCCAAACAUUAUGAGGAGAAAAGCUAUUCUGAAGCCCUUCACUGGUACAAUUAUUCUGUCAGCUUCUAUACACCUGGGCAGAUAGAUCAGAACUUGGCUAAGCUGCAGAGGAACAUGGCUUCUUGCUAUCUUCACCUGAAACAAGUUGACAAGGCUAAAGAGGCAGUUAAACAAGCAGAAAGGUGUGAUCCAAACAGCAUCUUUACUAAAUUCAGUGUCUAUAAGAUUGCAGUGUUGGAGAACGAUACUGAUAAAGCUAUGGAAGCAGUUAUUGAAAUGGGGAAACUAGCAGAAAAGCCAUCAGAACAUGAAGACAAGCUGAGAGUGGAUAAAAAUACAGGCAGCAACCUCUUGAGUUUAGCUGCCCAAAUUGCUUUAGAGAAUGACCAACAAAUUGUGGCUAUCAAAGCUUUGGAGUAUUUGUCUGAACAGUUACAAGACUGCCGACAAUUAUUUACAUCCUUAAAAUGUUUGGUCCGUCUGAUGUUAUCAAAAGUCAUGGCAGAAAAUUCAGAGAAAAGAGAUGGAGGUAUCAACUCCAUACUGACUUACUUGAACUUGGCUCACAAGAAACUUGCUGAGUCUUUCACAGAAGAGAAAUUUACAGGGGACAUGAGGAUCCUUGAGGCUCACUGGUUUAGAAAAGUUGCUUGGAACUUAGCUGUUCAGUUCAAGGACAGCCCUGAAAAGAUGAGGGAUUUUUUUGUGCUGUCUUUCAAGUUGUCCCAGUUUUGUCCCUCUGACAAAGCUGUUCUAAUUGCUCAGAAGACAUGCCUGUUAAUGGCAGCUGCAGUUGAUCUGGAAAUGGGGAGACAACAAGUAACACCUUCAGAACAGGUGGAGCUUUUUAGUCAGGCCCUUCAACAUCUUCAGACGUGCAAGGAGAUAUGGAAGGUGCUGAAAUUAACAGGAGAUUUUGCUAAAGACCCAACAGACACGUUGUUGCUGCUUUAUGAAUUUGAAGCAAGAUCCAAACUGAAUGAUCCAACACUUCACAAUCUUAUGGAGUCAGUUUGGGAGCAACCACAAAUAGAGAUCAAGACACUUGAAAUCAUUGCAUCAUUAGCAAUGGAAUCUCCAGCUCGGUAUCCUGUACUGUGUAAGAAAGCUCUCAAGAGUGCACUAAACCUUCACAGAAAGCAGGCUGUCAUUGAUGCUGUGAAAUUUAGCAAAUGCUUACACAGUUUGAUUAACAUUUCUUUGCCAACUGGAUUGACAGACUUGGAUACCUGUGUGCUGCAGGAGGUGUGGGACUACUUUGAAGAUGCUCUGAGUGUAAUCAGCAGCACAGAUGCUUACCCAGAGAUGGAGAUCCUUUGGUUGAUGACAAGAGCCUGGAAUACAGGAAUAUUUCAGUAUACUGUUGGUAAAUACAAGGAAGCUGAGCAGUGGUGUGGAUUGGGAAUGCGUUUCCUCAAUCACCUAGGCUCUCUGAAGAAGACCUAUGAAGGCCAUGUAAGUGUGCACAGGGGGAUUUGAGGAUAUGGGAUUGGCUGUCUGGCCUGGAUUUGAGAUGUGGAUCUGGGUGAAGAAACCACUGCUGAUGAUCUUUAGAAUUUCAGGAGAAUCGUGGUAUCUAAAUAUUUUGGGGGAGCCUGAUGCUAAGAUUUUUUCAAAGUGAGGCCAGAAAAGUUUUGAUAGACAAUAGAGAGACUAAUGUAGCAUUCUUUUACUGGAAGGAUGAUGGAAAUGUGUGACUGGAAAUAGACUUCUGACUGUUUGUGGCCAUGGGAGAACCUUGUACCUUUGCCUGCUUUAACUAAAGUCAAGGUGCUGUACCAGCUGAGUUAAAUCAGCUCUUACAUACUUUCAGGCUUGGUUUCUAGUAUAAUCUCAUGUCUUAUAAAUAGGGUUUAAGAUGGUGUGAAGAAAAUCAGUAAAGCUCAUCUCCUCAGGUGUAGCUUAGCCACUUCCUAUGAGGGAGAAAUUUCCAGCCUAGCACCUACAAAGUGUAGGUGACACUUUGCAAUGACACUUUUCUUACUCUGUCACAAGUAAGCUUCUUUCUGCAGCUUUUGGCUGCUGCUCCUAUCUAGAUUGCAACCCAGUGCAGCCUGGCUGGUGUCACCAUUCAUUCUCUUGUGUACAAGCUGAGCAAUCAAGGGGUUGGCUCUAACUUUUACACCAUUUAAAAUACAUCAGUUAAAGCAGUGAGAGCUGACAAUAAGAAGUCUUCCCCACCCUCAACAUCAGCUCCCAAGUCUGUGAUUUGGUGAAUAGGUUUAUGUGCUGAUAUAAGACUCACAUGUAAACUGUGCUUUAUGACUGUAAAUAGAACCACUUUUGUUAGGUUGCACUGAUCUUUUUUUCCCUAAAUCAUUGUAUUUAAACCUGUGCCAAAAAUCUUUACAUCAAUUUGAAAUUUUAGGUUUAGAAGCUGUUGGUAGUCUCCCACCUAUUCCCUUAGUUCUGUUCUGUGCUAAAUGCUACGUUUAGUUAAAUGAUACAUUUUUAUCCAUCCCCGUUGACAACUGUGGUGCUCGUAUUCCCCAGAUGGUUGGCCUUUAUAGUGAGGUUCUGGACAAGCUGGACAGAGCAAAAGGAUUUAUUCCAAAUGAAGAAUAAUGACAGCCACAACUACAAAAAGAGGAAAGCAGUCUCUCUUGAAAGUGUUCUGCUGAAUGAGAGGCUGUUAGAUCUGUGAAGGCACAGGGCCAUGGGAGCAGUGGGAAAGAAACCAGGAUCUCCUUGUUGGCAAAGAAGUUAUGUGCUUUUUAGGAAGUGUUUAUUCAAGAAAUGUAAUUGUUUUCCUCUAGGGAAUAAUUUUCAUUCUCUGGAGCUAUUUAACAGUUAGAAAUAAAUAUUUAACUUUUACAUGA